AGUCUCGGGCGGUGGCGUCCGGCGCGCGGGCAAGAGGCCUGCUGGGCGGGUUGAGAAUCGAGCGGCGCGCGGGCGAGGCGGAGAGACUAGGAGUCGGGGAGCCACCGCGGCGACAGGUUUUUUACUUAUAAAAGACAAUGACUACUGACGAAGGUGCCAAGAACAAUGGAGAAAGUCCGGCAGCAACUGUUGCUGAACGAGGAGAGGAUAUUACCUCCAAGAAGGACAGAGGAGUGUUAAAGAUUGUCAAAAGAGUGGGGACUAGUGAGGAAACACCGAUGAUUGGAGACAAAGUUUAUGUCCAUUACAAAGGAAAACUAUCAAAUGGAAAGAAGUUUGAUUCCAGUCGUGAUAGGAAUGAGCCAUUUGUCUUUAGUCUUGGCAAAGGCCAAGUUAUCAAAGCCUGGGAUAUCGGCGUGGCGACUAUGAAGAAAGGAGAGGUCUGUCACUUACUGUGUAAACCAGAAUACGCAUAUGGCUCAGCUGGCAGUAUCCCCAAAAUUCCCUCAAAUGCAACUCUCUUUUUUGAGAUUGAGCUGCUUGAUUUCAAAGGAGAGGAUUUGUUUGAUGAUGGAGGCAUUAUCCGGAGAAUCAAACAGAAAGGAGAGGGAUACUCAAACCCAAACGAAGGAGCAACAGUAGAAAUCCAUCUGGUAGGUCACUGUGGUGGCCAGCUGUUUGAUUGCAGAGAUGUGGUGUUCAUUGUUGGUGAAGGAGAAGACCACGACAUUCCAAUUGGAAUUGACAAAGCCUUGGAGAAAAUGCAGCGGGAAGAACAAUGUAUUUUAUAUCUUGGACCACGAUAUGGUUUUGGAGAGGCAGGCAAGCCUAAAUUUGGCAUUGAGCCCAAUGCCGAUCUUAUAUAUGAAGUUACACUUAAGAGCUUCGAAAAGGCCAAAGAAUCCUGGGAGAUGGAUACCAAAGAAAAGUUGGAGCAGGCUGCCAUGGUCAAAGAGAAAGGAACUGUGUACUUCAAGGGAGGCAAGUACAUGCAGGCAGUGAUUCAGUAUGGAAAGAUAGUGUCCUGGCUGGAGAUGGAGUAUGGGCUAUCAGAAAAAGAAUCCAAAGCUUCGGAAUCAUUCCUGCUCGCUGCCUUCCUGAACUUGGCCAUGUGCUACCUGAAGCUUAGAGAGUACACCAAAGCUGUCGAGUGCUGUGAUAAGGCCCUUGGACUGGACAGUGCCAAUGAGAAAGGCUUGUACAGAAGGGGUGAAGCCCAGCUGCUGAUGAACGAGUUUGAGUCAGCCAAGGGUGACUUUGAGAAGGUGUUGGAAGUGAAUCCCCAGAAUAAAGCUGCAAGACUACAGAUCUCCAUGUGCCAGAAGAAGGCCAAGGAGCACAAUGAGCGGGACCGCAGGAUCUAUGCCAACAUGUUCAAGAAGUUUGCUGAGCAGGAUGCCAAGGAAGAAGCCAGUAAAGCGAUGAGCAAGAAGACUUUAGAAGGAGUUACCGCUGAGAAGGGAACGAAAGGUCAAGCAAUGGAAGAAGACAAGCCCGGAGGCCGCGUAUGACACCGUGCUAGGGAGGGAUAAGAGUCCUGAUGAACUCGGUUCCCUCCGCAGUGGGCUUUCCCCCAACUCAGGACUAAGCCGUGUUUAAUGUAAAGUCUGUUAUAGUCUAUGUGAUUCUGGAAGCAAUGACAAAACCAGUAGCUUCCCAAAAGCAAUCACCCUGCUGCUGCCCUGUGCACUCAUGGAGGGGCACCUGGGGCCACUCCAGGUGGAACAAAACCCAGAAAUGACUGUUGGGGAGAGACUGAACCAACAGACUAAGUCCAGCUCAUUUCAGUUUAUGUCACCUUUCAA